CUAGCCGUAAAAGCCCUUUUUCCUUCUUUCCGAUCACCGAUGUACUUCGACGACAGAGAGGAGCUUACAGGCUACUACGAACCACACCAAAACGACAAUGACGACGACGGCGGCGCCGACGAAGAGCUUCAAGACUCUGUCUCCAGCGAUCCGCCAUUGACGACGUGCUCGCAAGGUCAUAGGUCCACUCUCAUCCUCCGCACCCGCGAAGGCGGUUCCAUCUGCCUCCUCUGCUUCUCAAAUCUCAUCUCCGAUCCUCUCUCUCCCACUCUCCAUGUCUCCUACGCUCUCUCUCAGCUCUCCCAAGCCAUCUCCCAGCCUCCCUUCCUCCGCUCCCUCCUCACCUUCCACCCUCUCCUCCUCGUCUCUCCUCUCGUCCGCGCUCUCUCCUCCUUCGACGACGAACCGAUCGCUCGCCAGAUUCUGGAUCUCAUCUCUGUUCUCUGCGAGUCUGCGGAUUCCGCUGUUCAUGGAAGCUUCGUCGCUGGGGUUUCCGAUCGGCUCUCUUCCGGUGCCUUGGCAUGGAGUCGCCGUCAGGUGUUCAUGCUUCACUGCUUAGGCAUUCUCUUAAAAUGUCAGAAGGAUAAUCCUUAUGCUCACAUCAAAGACAAAUAUGGUCUCGUUUCCAAUCUGGUUGGAGGUCUUCAGUUGCCUAAUGAUGAGAUUCGCGGAGAGAUUCUGUUUGUUCUGUACAAAUUAUCUCUUCGCCCUUACGCAUCAAGAGAUGAUGGAGGUGAUAUUUUGCCUGCCUUUUGUUCUAAGCUUUUGUACUUGUCAAUGGAAGCCCUCGUUAAGACCCAGAGUGACGAUGUGAGGUUGAAUUGUGUAGCGCUUCUGACAGUAUUGGCGCAAAGGGGGUUCUUUGGAAAUGCAUAUUCAGUUGGCACUAUGGGCAAUAGCACAUAUUCCUAUGAAGCAGAUAGCGUAAUGCAAGCAACACAGGAUGGAAUAGAUGGAUCUUCUUUGAACAUCUUAUUUGCUGAAGCCAUCAAAGGCCCACUACUGUCAACAGAUAGCCAAGUCCAAAUCAGUACAGUAAAUUUAUUGUUUUAUUACUUGACUUGGGAAGGUAUUUCAAGCAAAGAGAUCCAAGUUCUGGUGGAGGAAAAUAUUGUGGAUUAUGUAUUUGAAAUCCUAAGGUUGUCAGAGUGCAAGGAUCCAGUUGUCAACUCUUGCCUCCAGGUGCUUGAUCUUCUAUCUAUAGCUAAGCAGGCCUUCAAACAGAGGCUUGUAGUUGGUUUUGCAACCCUGAUUCCGGUACUGCAGUACGUAGCGGAAAUACCUUUUCAUCCAGUUCAAAGUCAGACACUAAAGCUCAUAUCAAUUUGUGUUUCUGAUUAUCCUGGAAUACCAUCUGCCUCUCAAAUAAAGCAAAUAUUGAUUGUCUUGACAAGGAUGCUUGAAAAGCAUGCCAAAGGAGAGAUGGACAUGCUUCCUGAGACAUUUGUGAUGGCUUGCUCAAUCUUUGUCUCUCUUUUAAAAUCUCCAUCUUCUCAUGGGACUUCAAGUGUGGAAUUAUCAAUCAAAGAAGCAUCACAACAUGCUGUUUUGUCUUGUCUCAGUGUCUCUGAAAAAAAUUCCUGUCAACUUUUACAUUCUCUGUACUUACUUAAGGAGGUUUAUGCCUACACCCAUGAAGAAAACUCUGAAGACUCCGGUAGUGGAGAUCUACGAAAUGUUGUUAAGGAUAUAUGUGCAAUACAUUUAUUACCUUGGUUUAUAACUUCUUUCAGGGAAAUAGAAGAGGAAACUGUCGAGGGGGUACUUGAGACUUUCCAUUCAAUACUGCUUUGGGAUUCUGAUAUACAAGCCACACAAUUUGCAGAGAACGUGGUUUCUUCCUCUUGGUUCAGUCUGUCCUUUGGAUGUUUGGGCUUAUUUCCCACGGAGAAGAUGAAGCAGAAGGUAUAUUUGAUACUCAGCUCACUAGUGGAUGUUGUUCUAGGAAAUCAUUCUGGUCAAUCCAUUCGAGAUGCUGCUUUACGUCUGCCAUUGGAUCCCAUUGAUAUGCUCUUUCUACUUGGGCAAAAGAGCUCCUACAAUUUGGAGUUGUCUUAUUCUCAAUCUGCUAUUUUGACAAUCUUAUACACUAGUUCUUUAUACGAUGAAAGGCUUGCAGAUGAUAAGCUGGUUUUAGCUUCUCUGGAAGAAUAUAUUAUUGUCAACGGUAAUGAUUUCCGACAGACCACUGAUUCAUUUUCUAUAAUGAGACUUCUGUAUCUUUAUGGGGUUUAUAGGGGCCUUGCCAAGGUGAGCUACCAAUUCCCAUACAGUCCAGAAGCUGAAAGCAUCCUGUUCCAGCUAGCCAAGGGCAAUGAAUGGGAUUUAGUUUCGGCAAGAAUUCAUCCAAUAUCGUUGAAAUGGUUGUUCCAGCAAGAGAAAUUUAACGAGCCACUAUCUGAUCAGAUUCUUAAAUUUUGCAGAAGUAAUAUCUCAUAUAUUUCUGACAUCACAUCCCCUGAAAAGAAUAGGUGUGCUAUAAAUGUACAGGCAAUUGCAGAGUUAGUAGCAUCAGGAGAUAACUAUGCAGCAAGACUACUUGUUUGCUUAUGGACUGAGCUCGUCAAGGAAGAAGUUCAAGAGAGUGAUGCAAUUUCUUUGUUAAAUCUUUUGACUACAAUUGUUAACAUUUCUCCAGCUGCUUCAGACGCGCUAUGCUGGAAUAGUAUCGGCAAUGCGAUCCAUGCUUUUUGUAAAGAAGGGAUGCACACAUUAUCAUUACAGACGUCCACGCCCCUGUUAGUUUUGAUUCUUAACCUAUUAUCUUCAGCGCACCCUGAAGCUCUUUCUGACGACGAAAUAUGGUUAGCAGUGAUCAUGAAGUUGGUGGAGUACUUUAUCCCCACAGAAUCUGCUGGCAGAUGGAAUCAUGAUAAUCUUUUAGUUAUUGGCAUUCUUUCCUUGGCUUUGAACCACUCUACCACCAAGGUACUCAUGGAAGCUUCAAAAAGUAUUCUAUUCAAUUCUUCUCUGGUCUCAGUAAUCGACAACAUGAUUCAUGAAGCAUGUCUAAAGGGGCCUGCUCUGGCUGACCAUGAUGAGGGAACAAGCUAUGGACAACGUUUAGUAUUUGUGCUUUUACUAAAUUACUUUUCUUUAAAAAGUUUGCGUGCUGUUCUACCAGGGAUUAUGGAUUGGCAGAGUUUCUUUGAUCCACCGGAUAGGACACAGCCACUUUCCAUGAUUGGAAUUUCUUGCCAUGGAUUGUGCAGACUGAUGUGUUUUGGUUCUCCUCUUGUCAAGCUUGUUGCUUCGCACUGUUUGCUGGAGUUGUUUGCCGAAAUAGCACACCAGAGAAAUACGGAAUGUGAGGAGCUAAAGUCCACAGUCCAGUACCUAAUUUCUGUAAUAUCUGUACUAGAGGGAUUUGUUUUCUACAGUGACCAAAGGGUGGCUGUGAAUUGCAGCCUUUGUCUAUCGAUGAUUUUUGGGCGUGAAAUGCUGGAUUCGGAGGAUGCAAGUAUGAUUGGAAAGAACAGUUGGAGUAGGCUGAUUGUAGAAGAGCUUGCAGUGUCUUUAUCAGUUCAGUCUUUAGCAUCCAAAUCCUUCAUUAAUCAGCAUAAUCCGGCAAUUUAUGUAGCUCUUGCAUUGCUCAAACUGGAGAAUAUUCCUAGUUGGAUGAGAAUUGUGUUUGAUGAUCCCUGCAUCUCUGGCAUAAUUGAAAACCUGACAGCCAGUAAUGUAACCUCAGAGAUUGUAGCUCUAUUCCGAGAGCUGCUGAAUUGUGGGUUCCUGAAGAAAGAACAGAUUGCAUGUCUACAUCAUGUCUUCAAGGCAUGCAGAAAGCGGUUAUACACUGAUAACGCCAUAAGUGAUAGUCAAGAUGAGCACACAAAGAAGGCGGUCACCAUGUCAGGUGAUUUGGGGGAAAUUCGCGAGUAUCUCAUUUUCUUGAUGUCAUCCAAGUCAUCUCAAGAUAGCCAUUUUGCUGAAUUACAUCGUGGGAAUAAGAGUCUCUUGAAAGAAAUAGAGUUGUUUCUUAGUACUUCAACAGUAGAAGAUGAAAGCCAUGAGCAACGUGUAACAUAAUGAAAUAACAGAUGUAGGUAAUGUGAGAAAACCAACAGCCAUAAAUAGAUGUACAUGGUUGUUUUUGUAAUUUUCUUUAACUUCAAACUAGGUAUUAUAGUUUAUAGUAAACAGCUACAAGGGCCAUACAAUUGCGAUAGGUGAAUAUAGACAUAAAAGGGCAAAAAAAAAAAAAAAAAAAAAAAAAAUCCUUUCAGUGUACUGCACACGAAUACAAGGCCAUCACAAGACUUGUCAAGCCUAUUAAAAUUUCUUUUGCUCCUUGUCAUUUUUUUUUCUCUAUGAUUCAGAA